AUGCAAAAGAUAUUGACGAGACAAAUAGUGGCUAAGAAGAUCUCCUUCUUCCUCUCAUCCCUUGCAAUCUUAGCAGCCCUGCAACUGUCCGCAGCCGUCGACUACACCAUCACCAACAGAGCAGAAGCCACCCCCGGCGGUGUUAAGUUCAAUAACGAAAUUGGGGCAGAAUACACCACUCAAACUCUUAGCUCCGCCACAAGCUUCACAUGGAGCAUAUUCCAACAAAACACAGAUGCUGACAGAAAGAAUGUUGCUCUUGUAAGCAUGUUCAUCGACGACAUGGAUGGUAUUGCCUACACUUAUGGCAAUGAGAUCCAUGUCAGCGCAACUUUGAUCGAGGGGAUUUCCGGUGAUGACAAGACUGGGUUUGAUGGAGUUCUUUAUCACGAGAUGGCACACGUAUGGCAAUGGUUUGGAAAUGGUCAAGCUAAGGCAGAAUUGAUAGAGGGAAUUGCGGACUACGUGAGGCUGAAGGCUGGGUAUAUACCAAGCCACUGGGUUCAGCCAGGACAAGGUGACCGAUGGGACCAAGGCUACGAUGUGACAGCUCGGUUCCUAGAGUAUUGUAAUGGUCUUAGAGAUGGGUUUUUGGCUGAACUUAAUAAGAAGAUGAGGGAUGGCUAUAACGAUGGUUAUUUCGUGGACUUGCUAGGGAAGACGGUUGAUCAACUGUGGGCUGAAUACAAAGCUUAA